AUGGGGUUUACCAGCAGAAAAGGAAUCUCUAACAAGACUUUAUUUUCAGUGAUUAUUUGCCUAUGGCUACACGGAAAUAAUGGCGAAGUGAGUGGCUUCAAAAUAUACCGAGGUGAACGUGAUAUAUUUACAAAUUUGGAUUAUGAUGAAAUUAGUGGCACAUCAAGUGGAAGUGGCACAUUAGGUCAAUGUUCAAGCUAUGGUGCUGAGUGUGUCAAUGGCCAAUGUAAAUAUUGUCGUUGUUGGGAAGGCAAUAAUACAUUUAUACGUGAUUCUGAUCAAAUGGAAGGAAAUUGCAAGAGUGAUAAAGAUAUAGUACCAGAAUCAG